UGCCAUCCAUGGUGCCUGCCUGGCUGUCUGCCUGUGUGCCUGUGCCUCGAUCGACGUGACGUAUGUGCGGAUACUCGUACAUUUAUAAGACAGACAGACGGACCGGCACUGACUGCAGUGGGGGGCAGGGCAGUUUUUGAAAAGGACCUUACACACCGACCGACCGACCGACCGACCGACCAGCCGAUAUGUAUACGACAGCACGGCAACCAUCAUUCUCACCAGGCCAGGUCCACACACUCCACUCCAUGUCUGCCUUGUCCAGUCCCACUCACUGGCAGAAAGGCAAACCCACCGAUAGAUCUCGCACAUCUCACACGCGCCAUGCCAUGGGCACUGCAGCAGAUAUCGCCACAGCGGGUGAUUUGAUGUAUGGAUAAAUGAAGCUCUCUCACAGGACGUUCCAGAAAGACAGACACAUGACACGCACACAGACACAAUGUGAUAAACGAGACCAAAGGACAGUGUGUGCCACGCCCGCCACACACGACGAGAAAUGUGUGUGGGCCAUCGCCCAUCUAGAAACCGGCAAGACCUAUGACCUACCAAUCCCCUGGCUGUGGCCCUUUACUGUGGUGUGGACGUCAGCAUCUGGUCGGCCAGCUGCUCCACAGCCUGCACACCGGACAAGGCUUCCACGGGGUGCUCGAUCACACCCACUUGGUGCCUGCACACGACACCCACAGAUCGAUGUGUUGAUUGCCAUGAGGUGACUGACAUCCUGGCAGGUAGGUACUCACUGUAUGGCUCCGACGACGCCAAAUUGUCCGCCGAGGAGCCCCAGCGCGCCAUCGCCGAUGACGCCCAGGGCCAGGUCAAACUCAGCCCCGGUGUCGCCCUGCCGCGCCUUCUCCAGGCCAGCAAAGAACCCAAAAGUGGCCUUCUUCGGCUCAGCCUUCUCAUCCCUCUGCUCGGCACCUGCACGACCACCAAUGCAUAGGCAGGCCGCAUAGCAUAUCGGCGCAUAUGUGUGUGUGUGUGGUGUGUGGUGUGUGGUGUGUGUGACCUUCUUCCUCUUCUGGAAUGUCUGGCUUCUUCUCUCGGAGCGCCUCGGCCACAUCGGUCAGACCGAGGUCCAUGACUUUGCCGCCGACAGCGCCGCCAAUCAUCGCUCCAGGGGCACCACCGAGCGGCGCGCCAAUCAAGCCGAACACGAAGAUGCCCGUCGUCCGUGUGGCAAGCUGCAGUGUCUGGGUCGCACCCUGACACAGAGAGAGAGAGGGAGAGGUGCGUGUGUGCAGGGGUGCUGCACGUACCGUACCUCAGUGUCGCCAAACCCCAGGUGUAUCCCGGCGUUGAGAUGGCCGACGACGGGGCAUGCGUCGACCGUGGCAUUGACCACCUUCCAAGUGCUCCGCAGGAACUCCUUCUGCGUCUGGGUGGCAUUGUCACGCUGACCCAGCGACGCCUCUACCAGUGACCGGCACUGGGAGAUCACCACAAAGCAAACAUGGCAUGGCGGGACCGCACACACAGAUAUAUGGGAUGUCGUUGACCGCUUAGCUUACUGCUCCUGCGUGUGCCGUGCGCCAGCAGUGUCGCCUCGAAGCGCCUGCAGGGGAUGAUUUGCAGGGAAGGGAUGAAUGAGCCACGCAAAUCAAAUCGGAGGGUGAGUCCAUUGGAUCAUUUCACUCACUGCAUGAGUGCAGUGCUGCUUUUUUUGUCUGCCUGACGUACCUGGUACGCCGACUUGACCUGGCUCACGAAGGGCAGGAGAUCUGUGAGCGACUGCGUCGCCAUCC